GGGGAGGGGGGCGACUCGCGUUCCGUUCCCCGCCGCCGGUGCCUCCCUUCCCGCCGCCACCGCGAAGUGCGUCCGAGCGGCGGCGGCGGCCGGCGAGCGUCCCGCGUGGGAGCCCCGAGAGGCGGGCCCGUCAGGCAGAAUUACAGAGAGGCAGAGGCAGAGAGAGAGAGGUCUUCCAUCCGCUGGUUCACUCCCCAGAUGACUGCAACAGCCGGAGCUGAGCCGAUCCAAAGCCAGGAUCCAGGAGCUUCUUCCGGGUCUCCCAUGUGGGUGCUGGGGCCCAAGGACUUGGGCCACCUUCUACUGCUUUCCCAAGCCAAAGCAGAGAGCUGGAUCAGAAGUGGAGCAGCCAGGACUCGAACCGGCGGCCAUAUGGAAUGCCGGCACUGCGGGCGGAGGCUGUACCCACUGAACCACAGUGCUGGCCCCUGAAGUAGUUUUAAAAUAUAUUGAAAUUCAAGUGAUCAGCCUCAUUCAACUUUACUUCAUGAACACUGCAAUAUUAAUUAUUAAUAAUACUAAUUGGAAAAGCAGCUUUUCAUCCUGAUUUUUUAAAAAAUGGAUUUGGCCAACCAUGGACUUAUUCUACUGCAGCAGUUAAACGCUCAGCGAGAGUUUGGUUUCCUGUGUGACUGCACGGUUGCAAUCGGCGAUGUGUACUUCAAGGCACACAAAUCAGUUCUUGCUUCAUUCUCCAAUUACUUUAAGAUGUUGUUUGUCCAUCAGACCAGUGAGUGUGUCCGUUUGAAGCCCACGGACAUUCAGCCCGAUAUUUUCAGCUAUCUCCUGCACUUGAUGUACACCGGGAAGAUGGCACCCCAGCUUAUUGACCCUGUCCGCCUAGAGCAGGGAAUCAAGUUCCUGCACGCAUACCCGCUGAUCCAGGAAGCGAGCCUCGCCAGCCAAGGAGCCUUCUCGCACCCUGAUCAGGUUUUCCCGCUGGCUUCUUCCUUGUAUGGCAUCCAGAUUGCUGAUCACCAGCUGAGACAAGCCACUAAGAUUGCUGCGGCCCCUGAGAAACUUGGGCGAGACCCAAGGCCUCAGAACUCCAGGAUGAGCCAGGAGCCAGUGCCAGAGGCGUCCCAGCUCUCCCAGCUGACGUCCAACCUGGCCCAGGUGAAUCGGACAAACAUGACCCCUUCGGACCCGCUGCAGACCUCGCUAUCUCCAGAACUGGUUUCCACUCCCGUGCCUCCCCCUCCCCCCGGAGAGGAGACCAAUCUGGAAGCCUCCUCCUCUGACGAGCAGCCCGCGUCCCUCACGAUUGCCCACGUCAAGCCGAGCAUCAUGAAGAGGAACGGAAGCUUCCCGAAGUACUACGCCUGCCACCUGUGCGGCCGGCGCUUCACCCUCCGGAGCAGCCUGCGAGAGCACCUGCAGAUUCACACCGGAGUACCGUUCCCGUCCAGCCAGCAGGGCGAGAGCCGCGUGCCCCUGUCUCUCUGUAGCAAUGCGGCCGACCUUGGCAAAGACGCCAUGGAAGUGCCUGAGGCUGGCAUGAUAAGUGACAGUGAGCUACAGCACAUCUCCGAUUCCCCAGUCAUUGACGGACAGCAGCAGUCGGAAACACCACCCCCCUCCGACAUCGCCGACAUUGACAACUUGGAGCAGGCCGACCAGGAGCGGGAGGUGAAGAGGCGGAAGUACGAGUGCACCAUCUGUGGACGCAAAUUCAUCCAGAAAAGCCACUGGCGGGAGCACAUGUACAUACACACCGGGAAGCCUUUCAAAUGUAGCACUUGCGACAAGAGUUUUUGCAGAGCUAACCAGGCUGCCCGCCACGUGUGCCUCAACCAGAGCAUCGACACCUACACCAUGGUGGACAAACAGACCCUGGAACUGUGCACGUUUGAGGAGGGCAGUCAGAUGGACAACAUGCUGGUGCAGACCAACAAGCCCUACAAAUGCAACCUGUGUGACAAAACGUUCUCAACUCCCAACGAGGUUGUUAAACACUCAUGCCAAAACCAGAACUCGGACGUGUUUGCCCUGGACGAGGGGCGGUCCAUUCUCCUGGGCAGUGGAGACUCAGAGGUCACAGAACCUGACCACCCAGUGUUAGCUUCCAUCAAAAAGGAACAGGAAACUGUAUUGUUGGACUGAAUGUUACUUACCAUUUUUAAAAAAAAAAAAAACAGAAACUGUCGUUUUUACAAAGACUGUCUUCCUUCCCUUCCCCCAAGUUCAGAGCUGAAGUUCUCCAUGGCAUGAUACGAACAGGUCCCUGUUCCCCUCUCUUCCCCUUCUCCCCUGCCCCCGCCCCACCCCUGUGAAGGCUUUGUGCAUUAUAAACCUGGAAUAUAUUUACUUAAAUUCAGGGGAUUUUGAAAGGAUAAUGGUCCAUAGUACUUAUAAACUCAAAUAGAUUUGGAGACAUUUUAGAUUACUUGAAAGCAUACUUGGAACUAAUGAAGGGUAUAUAACAAACCAAAACAACCAGAAUGCAAUUUGGUAAACUAAAAUUAUGACUUUCCCUGGGUAAUAAGUCUUCCUUCUGAGAAAGUGUCAGAAAAUGCAGCGUUCUCCCUGAAGUAAAGCUGGGCUCUGUACUAUGCAAAAUCUGGAAGGUGUCGGGGAAGCUUCCACCCCAAGAAAAUGCUCGUAGUGUUUACCCUCCAGGUGUCUUACUUCAGAAUGCUUCCUUUGAGAUUAUGUCCCGUUCAGAAAAAUCACUAGUUAAGAAAUCUACCUUUACAAAACACGAAAGAAAAAGUAAUAAUGUGAUGGCAAUCUUAAUUUGUGGAUAACACAUGACAAGCUGUGAGUGUGUGUGUUUGUAAGAGGAAGCGUGUGGGUACUUGCUAGAAACAGGUGAAUUAAUGCGCAUGCCUUAUCUAACUGCUGGCUUCUUUCCAAGUUGAACAACAACAAAACGCUGUAUUCUAGUUUCCGGCAAAUUUAUUGUUUUCAAAAAUCAGAUUUGAAAGUACUGUUCUAUAGAUUGUCUCUCUGUAUAGAAACCGGUAUGCCAUUUCCUAGCAGUUGCCAGUGGUAAAUUCAUUUUAGGACCAACCAUCUGUCUGUACUACAGGGAAAAUCAGUGUGUGUACUCCAGGGAAAAGGACAUAGGAAUGUGUGCCUCUUGUAGGGAAAGUGGCGAGCAGAUACAGUAACCAUAUUGACUUUACCAGUCAACACUGAUAGUUUAGUGGCAGCAUUCAUGAAGCAUCAAAAAUGGCAAAGAGAAAUCAGGACCAAAAAAAAAAAAAAUCUAGUUGCUGUUUGGGGAAAAUGAAAAACUUGAUUUUGAAGUUUAUUCUCCAACUUUUUAAAUGUCUAAAAUUUUCUCCAUUGGCCUGAAAGCAGUAAAAUUUGUCCAUUGCUCUUCCCUUAGGCCAAUAAGAGAAUAGUCCCUCAAGACAAAGUAGGAGCCAGAAAUAAGGACCGAAGGGGAGAGGGACGGGGGGAGGGGGGGAUAGUUGAUAGCUAUACUGUACGCGUAUGUUAAAAACUGAAUAUCCCACCAUCCUAUCCUAUGUAUAGUUGAGUUCUCAGAUUUGUAAGUUUUUAUACAUCCUUUCAUUGAAUAAACCUUUAAUUAAAUGGC